CAAACAUCCGGAAACGUCCAUUGUCGGACAUGAAUUCCUCGAAGAACACCUGAAUCGGAGAUUGCUUCUCUUUACCAUCACAAAUUGAAGAAGAACAACUCACACACAAUUGAAUAGUCCAUUGUUUAAGAAUCCAACCGGAAAUCUUAUUUUUCUCCAUUCACUUGAUUUUUGAGUCGUUUGAACGCGGAAGUAUAGCAGUUGUGAAGAGCUGCGCCGAUUCCCCUUUGCUAUGUCAACAUGUUAAGUUUCUCUCCCAUCAUGACAUGCACGAGUAAUAUAGUCCGCCUUAGUGGGCAUGCUGGAAGGCAAAUGACUUCUCAAGUUUAUGCCAUGAUCAUCUCUGGGAACUUUUGCUCCCAUGGACUAAGGCGUAACUGUCAUUCAUCUGGUUCUGCCUUCUCCAAAUGGAGGAGAAAUUGGCAUCCAUUAGCUGUUAAAAGCUCAGCAAAUUCUAUAGGACAGAAGAUGACAUACCUAGGAACUUCAUCAUCAUGCCAAAACAUUCGUUUAAGACUUUUGGUGCCAAAACAAGAGUGGACCAAGGUCGGGUGGUAUUUUAGAGCCAAAUCUCUGUUGCGAGGAGGUGCCUCUGCUGGGCUGAUUUUUGGCUUGUUGGUUUGCUUUGCAAGUUUCAAUCCGGUGUAUGCUGCAGUGGCCAAAAGGAAAACGGAUAACAAGGAUGUUUGUGAGUCUUCCAUGACCAGUUCACAUGGAAAGAAAGUUUACACUGACUACUCCAUCACAGGCAUACCUGGAGAUGGGAGAUGUUUGUUCCGCUCAGUGGCACAUGGUGCUUGUCUACGAUCUAGUAAACCAUCUCCUAGUGAGAGUCUUCAGAGAGAACUAGCAGAUGAAUUGCGAACCAGAGUUGCAGAUGAGUUUGUCAAGAGACGAGAAGAGACAGAAUGGUUUGUUGAGGGUGAUUUUGACACCUAUGUUUCGCAAAUCAGGAAGCCAUAUGUUUGGGGGGGUGAACCUGAGUUGUUCAUGGCCUCACAUGUUCUCCAGAUGCCAAUCACUGUCUACAUGUAUGAUGAAGAUGCUGGUGGCCUGAUUGCCAUUGCUGAGUAUGGCCAAGAAUAUGGCAAGGAGGAUCCAAUUAGAGUCCUCUAUCAUGGUUUAGGCCAUUAUGAUGCUUUACAGAUUCCUGGGAAGAAGAAUGGUAGAUCAAGACUAUAGCGUGUAUAAGAUUCGGCCAGGGGUGGGAGUUGGGGGAAUAAGAAGUUAUUUGUGUUAUCUUCUUCAGUCACAUUUGAUUGGGUCAAAGAAGUGCCUAAAAGCUCCUUUCCCAUCCGUCGUUUUAUUUGAAUUACUGCUAAUAUACCUUGUUAAGGACUGCAGCCCAAGUUUCUACUAUGUGGCAGAUCGGAUGAGCCCAAAUUUUGUGGAUAGAUAGAUCUCAAGCUCCCCAGCCUAUAUAGUUUCUGCUGAAGCUGGAACAAAGUUCGACAGGUGGUAAAAUAAAGCUCUGAAAAUGUGAGGACUACAGGAAGGUGAAUGGACGUAUACCAUCAACUAAAAUGAUACUAGGAUGCAUUCUGAUUGAAUUAGGUUAUGAACUUCACAUGCACUUGCAAGUUGCCCACUUUGAGUGGAGUGGGCUUCCUAUUCAAUACAUGUAUCAUUAUUUGCUAGAGUGAGAAGAGGUAGAAUUUGAUUGGGUAACUUAUCUAAUUCAAACAUUUUUAUAAUUUUAA